AUGGCGGAGACGGUGUUUAAAUGUGUGUGUGGGAACAUUAGUGUCUCUUUGAAAUCGAUGUGUCAAGACUCUGAUCUUCAAAUGCAACACAUUUUUACUGAAUGGGCGAAUCCGAUAUGCUCGACGGAAGGGAGUAUAACUACACAAUACAAUGACUUAAAGAAAGUGCUAGAAAACACUCCCCAACGAAGGUUCAAUUCCUUAUGGUGUGAAUUGUGUGGAAUUGAAGUGUGUAAGUACCAACAGACUUCAACUCCACAAAUGAGAACGACAGUGAUAGUCAACCCCCUUCUCCGAGAAAGCACAGCAACACGCAAAUUGCAGAACUUGAUGUACUCCGAGACGUUUGGACUGUACAUCCAACAAAGUGAAGUUGACGACGCAACAACAUCUUCGUCGCAUAAUUCAUCGCAAAUUGAUCGAUUGCUGUCGCAGAAGAAGCAAGAGUACAUCGACGGACUCUUCGAAGCGAAGGAGAAGCGCGUAAGAGAGUUUGUGAUGCAACAAGAGGACGAGUUUGAGAACAAACGGAUGGAAGUCAAGAAGGAGUUUUUGAUGUUAAAGAAGCAAUGCGAACGCAAAGCCUUGAAAGAGUCGACAGAACACUUCAAUCCAUCAAACACGUGGUACGUUGAUCCUAAACAUCAAUCAAUUCUCCCAGAAAGUACUCCGACAAAUACAAUGGGCGACGUCUUUUUCUUCGAAGAAGAUGACGACGUCGGCUUUGAGAAGUGUGAAGUCAUGUCCAAGAAAAAGGCCGACUCAAGAGUCUUUAACAAAGCAGGAAAAGAUGGCAACGACACUUUCCCAACGUCUUUUAAGGACUUUGCUAUUGAAAAGGAACACAAAGAGUCCGUCGAAAGUCUGUAUUUGAGGAACACACACAAAUUCGUGUGA